UAGGAUAUGAUGGAGCUCUUGGAGGAAGAUCUCACCUGUCCCAUUUGUUGUAGCCUGUUUGAUGAUCCUCGUGUCCUGCCCUGUUCACACAAUUUCUGCAGAAAGUGUCUGGAAGGAAUUCUUGAGGGAAACGUGCGGAAUGUGCUUUGGAGGCCAUCCCCUUUCAAGUGCCCCACAUGCAGGAAGGAAACUCCCGUUACUGGAGUCAACAGCUUGCAAGUCAACUACUCCCUGAAAGGUAUCGUGGAGAAAUAUAACAAAAUCAAAGUAACUCCAAAAAUGCCUGUGUGCAAAGUGCACAGUGGGCAACCCCUUAACAUUUUUUGCCGGACAGACAUGCAGCUGAUCUGUGGGGUUUGUGCCACCCGUGGUGACCAUACAAAGCACGUUUUCUGUUCUAUUGAAGAAGCUUAUUCCCAGGAGAAGCGGGCUUUUGAAACCCUCUUUCAGGGCUUUGAAACUUGGCGUUGUGGAGAUGCCCUUUCGCGGCUGGAUACCUUAGAAACCAGUAAGAGGAAAGCUCUGCAGAUGCUGACCAAAGAUUCUGACAAAGUGAAGGAGUUCUUUGAGAAGCUGCAGCACACGCUGGAGCAGAAACGAAAUGAGAUUCUCUCUGACUUUGAGACCAUGAAGCUUGCAGUGAUGCAGGCCUAUGAUCCGGAAAUCAAUAAACUGAACACAAUUCUGCAAGAGCAACGGAUGGCGUUUAACAUCGCGGAGGCCUUCAAAGAUGUGUCUGAACCCAUUAUAUUUCUGCAACAGAUGCAGGAGUUCAGGGAAAAAAUCAAGGUGCUCAAAGAAACCCCUUUACCUUGUUCCAGUGUGGACAUCAGCCCUACAAUGAAGAGCUUUGAUACCAGCCAGUGGAAUAGAAUAAAACUAGUUGAUGUGGACAAACUUUCUUUGCCUCAGGAAAACAACACUCUUAAAUUCAAGAUUCCCUCAGUCUUUUCACGCAGAUUUGUAGUGACCUUUCUUAUUUGCUUGCUUAUUCUUGCUGUCACCAGAAUGUCCUUUGUGGAGUCAGUUGUUGACAAUCUGCAGUGCUGGAAGUCUCAAUUCUUUACGAUUAGCUUGUCCUAUUUGGCAGAUACAGUGGAGAUAGCAGAUCAUGCAGUCUUUUACUGGGAACAGAUGACAGAUGGAGCUUCACUUCUACGAGAAAAGUGUAAAAACUAUACAUUGGUUGUACUGGAUAAUGUUGCACAGUUUGUGUGCAAAUAUAAACUGUUGUGA